GUCAGGGCAGAGCUAGCAUAGCAUCGGAAUGACUUCAGUGGCUCUCUCGGUUUGGACCUAAAACUUUUCCAGCGGUUUCUGUCAGCUAACAGUUUAGCCUCGUUGUCGUCUGCCAACAUGGGGUCACCGGGGUCGAAGGGUGUCGGAGGAUGUAUCCUUCCGCACGGACGUUAACACCGGGGUGAAGCCUCUCGUAACGGGAUGCUGCUGUUCGGUUAGUCUCUCCGGAGGUCAGAUUUAAGUGCCACACAAGCUAGCAGGCUAGUUGAUACGUCGUGGCGAGUUAAAUACAAACUACUUUCAGCUGUUAGCGGCUGGAAACGGGAGUUAUGGCGCGGUUGGUGUUGGAGCAACUGUCAGAUUUCGGGGACUACAGUGGCGGUAAGGAGCUGACAGAGGUCUUUAAUAACAGCCUGUCAAAUGUUCGCCUGAGCCCAGAUGGACGUCAUGUUCAUGUCAUCCUCCACAAGCCUAAAGUCGGUCUUGUGACUUUUGACAAGUAUGAAAGACCCCAUCCGGCCCAGAACCAGAAGAAACUGGAUUUGCGGUUGAUCCAACCCGUGCCUGUCGUGGAUGUUUUAUACUUGGACCAUAAUAAUAAUGGUGGCGGAGACACAGCAACUGUGGCGGUGGUUUAUGAGAAUGGAAAAGCUGAGUUUUGGAAAUUCCAGGAGUGCAAAGCUGGCUGGCAUCUCCUGCAAACAUCGGACUUAUGCAACAGCCCCCGAGCAAGAGUGGUGUCUGUGUGUGCCUGUCCCAACCUUAUCAUCUGGUGUGAGGAGAGGCCGCCUUCAGAGAGCACCCCUGCCCUCAGCUCCACCAGGAAUAAGCUGAGAUACUGUGUUUGCAGACGUGACUACGAGGUGGAGGAGGGGGCUGUCAGCUUGGGAGGGGUGAAAAUCGCCCUGCACAACAAUCCUAAAUUCACUGUGGUCAGCUCAGGUGAAUAUGUGCAUCUUCUGCCAGAUGUGAAAGCGAAGCCGCUGUUGAGUGUCUCCAAAUUUCUCCUCUGCUGGUCCCCUCGCCAUGACUCCUUCACAGUCAGCACCACGUGUAAAAAUACUCCUCUGAAAAAGUUCUCAGCUAAAGAGUCUGACUUAAAGAGGCUGGUGACAGACUGUUUGGGAUAUUUAUCAACUCUUGAACCACCUGAGAUCUACGACUUCUGUCCUGCAGCCUGUGGAGGCCUGCUGCUGCUGCUCAGCACAGGGUGGGUGUGUCUCCUGCAGAAAGAUGGGGUGCUGCGGCAGGUAUUCAAACUGAUGGACAACUGCUUGGUAAAAUCUGGCACUCACACAAGCCUUUGCAUGUAUCAGGACACACUGGCGCUGCUGGUAGGUCAAAACCUGCAUCUGAUAGACGUGAACUGUGGCAGAGAGCUGGAAAAUAUAACACUGAAGAGAGAGGGGGUGUUGUAUGUAAACCAGGCUGAAAGAUGUGCACCUCACCUGCUCUCAGAAACUGGACUUUAUGUGGUUGUGAACAAGGGGACAGACUCUAGAGACUGCAACUCUAAGCUGAAGCCUGGAGUGGAGAGUAUUCAUCCUGGAGCCCUCCUCAUAGAGGCUGUCUUUGAGGAGGCCUGUAAAUACUACCAGCAGAGGAGCCUGAGCAGCACCCAGCUCACUGUGGACGCACUAAAGAAGGGAGGAAGGUUCCAGGCUCCCAUCUCUUUAGCCUCCAUCCUCAGGAACUACCUCAGAACAGGGCUGAGGCAGAAAGUAGCAGAGCCGUCCCAGAACGGAGGAGGUGGCUGCGACGCAGGGCAAGACAAGCUAAUGGGCUCUCUGGAGGCUGAGCUCAAGGCUCUGGUCUCUCUGGAGGAGGUGAAGGGGAGUUUAGUGAGGGGGAAUGUUAAAGAGGUGGAGGCGGUGUGUGAGAGUCUAGUUGAGAAAGAAGUAGCCAGGUUGCUGUCUGCCUCAGAGCUGGAUAAAGAGGCCCUGCUUUACCUCAACUCCAUCUUCAGCAUGUUCCCCCACCAGGUGUGGAAGGCAGCGCAGGCCGCCCUUCAGCUACACUACAACGGGGAGGGAUCUCUGUCUAGCAGGGCUCCCCCAGACGUGUGGAAAACUGUCCUCAGUCCUGCUGUGACACCCAGCACCCCAUCAGGCAUCCCACUCACCAACGGUGAGCCAAAACACAAUCAUAGCCUCAAGGGUGAUUACAUCCACAACUGUAAAGCCAAACCUACAAGCUCCUAUUCCCCAGCUGCCCUGCCUGUGUUUGAGCUCCUGUGCCACUCAGUAUUCCACUUUCAGCCCAGCUGGUUGCCCAAGUUCCUCGAGCUCGCCCAGCAGCAGCAGGGCUCAGCCGGCCUGGGCAUGAGCCUGGCCUCUUCCUCCUGGGGCUUCUCUGGUGGAAGAGGAGGGGAGGGCGGGGAGAACAAAGUGCCACUCUACAAACGAGCCCUGUGCGUUUUGUCCACCCUGAUGCCGGACAGAGACCAGCGCCAGGACUUGGAGGUGGAGCUGCUGCUGGUGAGUGGGCGGCCUAAUGCCAUACUGCAGGCGCUGAGGAUCCUCAUGGCCAAGCAGCAGUGGGAGAGGGUCACCCAGGUGGCGCAGAAGUUCUGCAAACAGAGUCCGCUGCUCAACAAGGAGAUUUUCACUACUCUGCUGUGCGAGGUGGCUCAGCACAGAGACCUGGACCCCUAUUUGGACCUGCUGUGGGCGCUGUGCCCUGAGGACCUCACUGUCACCACUAUUCUCAACUUGGUGCUGAAAAACCUCCCCUCCCCUAACACCCCUCCAUCGUCCUCCUCUUCCUCCUCCUUCUCCUUUGGAAGUACAACCUCAUCCCCUGCUCCCUUCGCAGACGCCCACAGCAGCCAGCUGACCAUCGGGCUGCUGAAACCUCUGCUCAGAAAAGUGCUUCAGAGGGAGAUGAAGCCCAGCCAGCGCUAUGCAGACAUCCUCCAGUCACCAUCAUUCCCCCCUCCUGCACCUCCUCGUCAGCCUGCAGAGCAGCCCAGGACUGUCACAGACCCAAGCACAGAUUCACCUCUCGAGAACGUCGCCCCGCCUUCACUCCCAGAAACACCUGAACAGCAGUUGUCCACAUACACAAACGUUAGGGUAGCGCUACCUGCUAACCCACUUUGAUUCCCACAGACAUUCAAAAUGGAGAACAAAACCUGUCUCAUAAAACAUUCCACACAUAAUCUGACCAAACUGUGAAGCAGCGUGUGUCGACAAUCAAGUUAAAACAGAGUAAUAUCAUCAUGUUGCAGGUUUCAUGCAGUUAAUUGUGACAUUUGAUGGUGUUUUUAAAAAAGAUUGGUAUGAAGUAUGACUACUAGAAACUAUGAAAUGACUACUGAAGAUCUCACCAGUGUAAAUACUGCAGACUCCAUCUUGUCCUCUCUGCUCCCCGGGCAGCCCAACUCGCAGGACAUUCCAGACAUAAUACCCAGUGAAGUGACUCACAGUUCGACUCUAAAUUCAAUUUCGGAGGUAAUUCUGUUAGGAUUCGAGUGCGGGUUGGGCACGCUGUGGCUAACAUAGGCGCCCUGCUGCUUUUGCAUAAGGUCAUGUACAUCUUCAUGGACCCAGUGAUGGUAAUGUUAUUAGAGAUGUUAGAUCCUCUGUCUUCUUUUCUCCAUGCUCUGAAACUGAUUGCACUUUUAUAUCACCCCAGUCAGUAUUGUCUGUAUCAUGCAUCUGUUGAAAUUAAUGUUUUCUGAUUAAGUGCUGUAAACAAAAGCAUAUUUAAGUGCCUAUUGAUGCCUUUGUUAAUGCUUGAGCAGUUUAUAUGGCUUGUCUUAGUCAGAGAAGUGUUGCUUUGUAUGUAAAUGUGGAGCCUUCCAAAACAAAAUGCUAUCUAUGUUGUAGCAAUCUUUGGAAGACUUCUACAAUAGGUGAGGUACUGACAGAGAAACUCUUGUGACAUCUGUUAAAGUGCUGAAUGACAAUCAGACUCUAAAAUGCUGCAGAACAAUCAGUGUGCCUCUCACAGUGCAGCUCUUCAUUUACAGGGCAGUGUCACAUUCCUGCUACAGUGUCUCUCUGCUGGAGAAAGGAUAGAUCAGAUCAGAGGAUAACAGCUCCUGGCCUCCACAGUCAAAGGCUUUUUUCCAUGACACUUUGAAUAUGAAGCCUGCUGAUUUACCCUCUGCUCUGAUUGGUGUACUAAUGAUAUCAUUCCAAUCUCUGUGUACACUUGAACGAGCUUAAUCUGUGUGACUGAUUUCACUUCAGUGCCAUGAGUUUCGCUGUGUACCAGACAUGUUUCAGCAAAUCUGAGAGUCACUGGGAAUUCCCUGACUUCCCCCAGACAGGCCACUCAGCCUGAUGUUACAACUGUGCAGAUGUCAAAUAUUAAUCUGCCCAAAACUUUGUUUUUGGUUUCUCUUUUCAAACGGGAAUUUCUCCCGGAUGUGCUCGACAAACUUUAGCAACUUUAAGUGUUAUUUGAAAAAAGAAAAUGUAUGCGAGUAUUUAUGAACUGAUGCUGUAUGCUAUUAAACUGAGGAGAAAGCUUCUG